AAUAAACAUAAGAUCUGUUUCUAAUGUAAUAAGUCAUUUUAAUUUAACUAGCAGAACGAUAAUUUUAGUACACUAAUUUAAUUAUUCACAAUGGCAGAGCUACAAAACCCUUUACCUCCUGGAUGGGACGCUAAGAGAGAUCAUAUAUCUGGAAAAUACUAUUAUAUCAACCAUUAUACCAAAACAACUACAUGGGAGGACCCUAGAAUAAGACACAGGCAUUUGCAUACAGCUACCAAACAAUAUACUGCCGCUGAGUAUAUACCACUACAGGACAUGAAACCUAAAGCUAGCCCUUUGACGGUGAGGUCCGCUAAGGUCCAAGACAGUACCUUUAUGCCAGCAGAUCCAGAUGAAGUACUCGUCGGUAAAAUAUCUGGCAUGUUUCCCACUGUGUCAGAAACUCAUAUCAAGAUGCUGAUCAAAAAUUACAGGUAUAUGAAAUCGAUUUUUCCACGUGCCGACGAGAUGAUCAUUCUGGACGUGCUGCAAGGUAACGAAAACAAUAUUCAAAAAGCUUCAGAUGUCCUCAAAGAGAUGGGUUUUGAGCGAAAAGAUACUGUAAAGGUUGCACAGCAGAAAUUGGACGCCAAAAAGGAACAAGAGAGGAGGGAAGAGGAACAAGAAGUGACGGUGGCCGUUGUCCAACCACGUGUAAAGACAAGCGAAGAAAAGCAAAGAGUAAAAGUAUCGUUGCAAGAAAAGUACAAGGAUGUUGCUGAACACCUAAUAUGUAUAGCUCUAGAGAGUGUAAAUUUUGAUGAAGAAAGAGCAAAUCAAAUUUUACAAAUUAUGAUUCAGGAAGAUAGCAAAUCCUCCAAUGCCGAUAAGAAAGGCGAAGACACAGUGGAUCUUCUUAGUCAACCUUCCACUUCCAGUGCUACUCUUAAUAUCCCAGUCUCACAAAGUAGACAGUCUUUGAAGUCAUUACUAAAAAGCGAGAAAGAACUUGAUAAGAACAGUUAUUCCCGAGUUGUAGAAGAGGAUGAAGCGACAUAUAAAUCUACCAACUUGUGUAAUACCAGAGGCCCCAAUCCCGAGUAUGUAAAAGGAGCAAACGAGCAACUCCUGUUGGAAGAUUAUGUUAAGUGGCAAGGUCCUAAUUCCACAUUUAGUAAAGGAUCUCAGAAACUAGCCCAAGGAGCAAACUCGUCCUUAUUGACAGAAAGAAGUUACAAGGCCUGCGGACCAAAUCGAAAUCUUAUAAAAGGCCCUCAGUGUGGACUAGCCAAAGGAAGUAUAUUUUCGCAAUUUCAAACAGCAGUCGUCGUUGGAGAAUCCCGCGGUGAAUAACAUUACAGAUGUUGCAUUUUGUAAAUCUUUUAACAUUUCAGGAUUUUACUAGUCACAUUCUUAAUUUUUGUGUUCACUUUAGUCUUAUGGGCCAAGUAAUCUUAGUCCCUCAUAUUAAAUGCAAAAUAUAUUAGUUAGUAUCCGUUAUGAUCGACACAAACUUAACCUGGUUUGAUAAUAAUAUUAAUAACAUGUUUAUUAAGUGCAUUAACCAUUUUACAUAACACAUUUCACUCAACUUUUAUCCGAAUGGUCCUAAACUAUGGUCUUAAAUUUGUAGUUACAUAUACUGAUUUUAUUUCCUUUUUUUUUAACUUCGAAAAAAAUAUGCGUAACAUAGGUAUGAGGUACUGCAAUGUAGAGGGAUAUUUAUAGCUUCGAGAAACAGGUUACGAGCAACAGAAAUAGUUGUCAGUAAUUGAUACCUGGAAUUUUGUUACCACCUUGUGAUUAAAAAAAGGUGUAAGUUACUAGCCUAAUUUCUGAUAAAUUGAAAAGUGCUUCACUUGUUCAUUGUUUGAAAAGACGUCUUCAAAUGGAUUACAAUUACAAAAAAGCUCUAUACUCACACAAAACAUGCUCGUAAGGGCCGUGUUUUAAUACACUUUACAAUUUUUUUAUGCAGUCUUUAGUAUCAUCAGUUUUUGAAGCCAAUAUUUUACCCGAUCAGUGGCCGGCCGGCAAUUUUUCAGGGCACAUCCGUAUUUGUACGGAUCCAAAUUAUUGGAUUUAUCAGUUUUUACAGAUUAUUCUACAAAUUACAUGUCAAAUCCCUUGAACUCAAACAAUAAAAAAGGAAUGUUGUGGAAUCAUCAUCAUCUUUGGCUCGACAAUCCUCUGUGGAUCUUGGCCUGCUCUAAGAUUCGUCGCCAUUCUGUUCGGUUUUUGGCAACAUGUUGCCAUCUUCUGACUUUUAAUAUUCGUAAGUCGGUUUCUACUCCAUCUAACCACCUAAUUCGCGGUCGGCCUUUACUUCUUUUUCCUACAGGUGUUCCUGUGGUUAGCUUUUUAGCAAUGGUAUUUUCUGGCAUUCGUAUUAUGUGUCCAGCCCAUCUAAGUCGCUGUGUUUUAAUGAACGUUAUGACAUCUGGCUCAUGUUGUGGAAUACUAAAGAAUAUAUCGAGAAUGAUUGAAAAAAGAAAAUAUAAAUGGAUAUACAAGUCUUUCAACAAGGUUUUAAACCUUUAACCUUUAAACCUAAGUACCUUCUGUACCUUUAAACAAAGUACGAAAAAAUUCAAUGACAACAGUCCAAUCUAUAAUAUGCCUCAGCAACUUAAGCUUAUUUUCUUUUACAUUAAGUAUAAUUUCCAUUUUUUUCUAUUUCUCUGUAGCACCUGUUGGUUUUCUCCGUCAUCUCAGGAGAUUUUUAAAUUGAGGUUACUAAUAGACUAUUCACUUCGAAAUGCGUCUACCAGUCCGCUGUGCCAUUGAGUCUUCUACUUUCUAGGUAUUGUGUAGAUUAUAGUAACAAGUUUAGGAUUUUACCUGUCUGCGCAGAAUAAAAACUGAGAAACUAUUCUGUUAAACAAGUAUUUUCUAU